ACUAUCGAGACGGAAAAAAAUAAUCAACAGGCAUAAAUUUGUUAAAGCUGCACAAGCUUAAUAUAUUUAUUUUCUUACAAAUAAAUAUGACUCUUGACGUCGAUGCUCAAAAGAAAGAUGAUAAGCUAUUACUGGCAACAAUACACCAGGAGUAUAAAAUUCUGGCAGAAUACAAAAUGAUUGAGUCAGAAAAGGUCUCAGGCAUAUAUGUUAUUCCAAGCUAUGCUAAUUCGUUGCAAUGGUUUGGUGUUUUCUUUGGUCGACAAGGCUUCUACGAAAAUAGUGUAUUCCGUUUCUCAAUACUGUUGCCUGAUGGGUUUCCAGACGAUAAAACUAUUCCAGCCAUCGUCUUUCAACAAAACGUUGUGCAUCCACUUGUAUGUCCUUACACAAAUAGCUUGGACAUCAGUCAUGCAUUCCCGGAAUGGAGAUGCGGAGAAGAUCACCUUUGGCAAGUGCUGAAGUACAUGCAAUUGAUAUUCGCCGAUCCAUUGGACUGUAUUCGUAGCAUGGGUAACACCCAGGAGCUGAGCAACGUGGAAGCAAGCAAGCUGCUAAGCACUAAUCGAGACGCAUUUGCUGCACUUGUUCAAGAGAGUAUUAUAGAGAGCAAAUCCCAUAUCUAUGAUACGCCACCAACAGAAGAUCCGCAUUACAUAGUAUUUGAAAAGUUCCAAGACGAAUUACAUGGACCGGUUUUAGAUCAAAUACGACACAGAAGGAAUGCAAAUGCGCCGACAGAAAGUGGGGGCAGUGGCGCUGCCACUGGUCUAUCGUGGGUUAAAGUUAAAGAAGGCGAAUUUAAACCGUUAAGCAUUGAAUAGUCAUAGUAAACAAUGUAUGUGCGUAAAUUAUAUAACA